GGGCCCGCUUUCAUCCUGGCUCCGCCCACUCGGAAGCCCCGCCCCCUACGGCUGAUGGCAGCGGCAGCUGGGACUGCAGCGCAGCCCGGCCCUGGAGAGCCGCAGGCAGCGGCCCGAGCAGGCAGCCCAACACCCAGGCCCCAGACGCCGCGGACACCCGGAGAGGCUGCUCUGGUGCCCUGACGCCCUCCUCUUCCCCCAGCGCAGCCCCGCCCGCUCCGCAGAGGAGUCGCCGCGUGAGCACCCGCACACACCCGGCUGCGGACCAGCUCACAGAACUAAGGACCAAAGGCACUUCCUCUAUCUACCCCAGAGAUGAGCCGGCGUGUGGUUCGGCAGAGCAAGUUCCGCCAUGUGUUUGGGCAGGCAGCAAAGGCUGACCAGGCCUACGAGGACAUCCGGGUAUCCAAGGUCACAUGGGACAGCUCCUUCUGUGCCGUCAACCCCAAAUUCCUGGCCAUUAUUGUGGAGGCUGGAGGCGGGGGUGCCUUCAUCGUCCUGCCUCUGGCCAAGACAGGACGAGUGGAUAAGAACUACCCACUGGUCACUGGGCACACAGCCCCUAUUCUGGACAUCGACUGGUGCCCACACAAUGACAACGUCAUCGCCAGUGCCUCCGACGACACCACCAUCAUGGUGUGGCAAAUUCCAGACUAUACUCCUGUGCGCAAUAUUACAGAACCUAUCAUCACCCUUGAGGGCCACUCCAAACGUGUGGGCAUCCUCUCCUGGCACCCUACUGCCAGGAACGUCCUGCUCAGUGCAGGUGGUGAUAAUGUGAUCAUCAUCUGGAAUGUGGGCACGGGAGAGGUGCUGCUGAGCCUGGACGACAUGCACCCUGACAUCAUCCACAGCGUGUGCUGGAACAACAAUGGCAGCCUGCUAGCCACUACCUGCAAAGACAAGACUCUGCGCAUCAUUGAUCCCCGGAAGGGCCAAGUGGUAGCGGAGAGGUUUGCAGCCCACGAGGGGAUGAGGCCCAUGCGGGCUGUCUUCACGCGCCAGGGCCAUAUCUUCACCACGGGAUUCACCCGCAUGAGCCAGCGAGAGCUGGGCCUGUGGGACCCGAACAACUUCGAAGAGCCAGUGGCACUGCAGGAGAUGGACACGAGCAACGGAGUCCUACUGCCAUUCUACGAUCCCGACUCCAGCAUCGUCUACCUGUGUGGCAAGGGUGACAGCAGCAUUCGGUACUUUGAAAUUACGGAUGAGCCACCUUACGUGCACUACCUGAACACAUUUAGCAGCAAAGAACCGCAGCGGGGCAUGGGUUUCAUGCCCAAGCGGGGGCUGGAUGUCAGCAAAUGCGAGAUUGCCCGGUUCUACAAGUUGCACGAACGGAAGUGUGAGCCCAUUGUCAUGACUGUGCCCCGCAAGUCAGACCUGUUCCAGGACGAUCUGUACCCGGACACACCGGGCCCGGAGCCAGCCCUGGAAGCGGACGAAUGGCUGUCGGGCCAGGACGCUGAACCUGUGCUCAUUUCGCUGAAGGACGGCUACGUGCCCCCGAAACACCGCGAGCUCCGGGUCACCAAGCGCAACAUUCUGGACGUGCGCCCGCCCUCAGGCCCCCGCCGCAGCCAGUCGGCCAGCGAUGCCCCCUUGUCGCAGCAGCACACCCUGGAGACGCUGCUGGAGGAGAUCAAGGCCCUUCGCGAGCGGGUGCAGGCCCAGGAGGAGCGCAUCACGGCUUUGGAGAACAUGCUGUGCGAACUGGUGGACGGCACUGACUAGCGCGGCCUGCGCGGCGGGGCCGUGCACCCAGCACGCGGGACGGGGCGGGGAGCACGGACUCCGCCCCGCCCCAGCCGUUGGUCUGGAACUCCUGAACCCGCUUCCCUGGGUUGGGGUCGGGGGGGCGGGACUGGGAUGGAAACUCCGUUCCCCGCGGAAGUCCUGGACUAACAGAGCAUAGGGGAGACCUGGGUCUGUCUGGCAGGGCCCAGGCUGUGUGCCUGGUCCCGGGCUUGACAGGAGAGGGCCUAGGCAGGCCCGAGAUAACGCGGCCUCAGCAAUGGUGCUGCAUGGCGAGGUGGUGUCCCCUUUUGUCCUCGCCCAGCUCAGGGGAAGUGCUUAGUGUUAGCGCGAUGCUUGGGGACGUUGGGGAGCUUGGACUUGACCUCAAAGGGAUGACACUUCGACCGUCUCCCCACACUGGGGAAAAUCACAACGGUUCUAAUCAGCUCACUUGAUUCUGCCACGCUGAGUGGUAAAGAAGACGGGCGGCACCCAGUUCUGCGGACCCAUGCACAUGCCUGGCUACACCCAGCAGUCUAUGGCAGAGAGCUCUCUCCCUUUCCACCGCCAGAAAGGGCAGCUUCCUGGAAACAGCCCCGGCCCGAUGAAUCUCAGAACUGGCAUGAGGAAGCAAAUACACGCACACACAGCCCUCUUCGGUGGCCUUGACUGAGGAAAACAAUGAAUGAAAUAUUUUUGCUAAGUUUAAGUCUGUGCUUCCUGCAUGGGUGACAGUGAGAGCCCCCAGCCUCUGCAAAUCCUGGGGAACCUAGGAAAUGCAACCCUGAGCUCAGGACCCACCAGGCAGCCUCUUAUCCCAGAGCUGUCCACAUACUAC